AAAGGAAUGCUUGCAAGUUCUGCUGAAUGCCCCAGAAAUUCUCCCUGCAGAUGGAGGAAGCUGGAUUUGGGGACCAACCUUCUUUUUUGGUCACUUGUAACCAGAGCACCUCAAAGAACAUGAUGUUGAACCUAGUAGAUCUCGGCAAAGCAUUUUAGCUUCAACCAAGUGUCAUCCUGUCUGUUGUAUUUGUACUGUCCCGGUGCAUAAGGGUGCAUAUCCCAAAGCAGAGAACACUGGGCAGCUUGCUUUCUAGGUCCACACUGAAGGAAGGGCGGAGGUGGAGAAAUAACACAGAUGAGGGAAAGAGAGCCAAACUUUUAAAGGACAUGGACUUGGGGUGGACAGGACUCCAGGAGAUCAUCCUUUUCCCUGCUCUGUAUUCAUCACUUGGAGGCAAAUUUGCAUCCUUCUCCGGACCUCCCUUUACACACCUGUGAGAGAGGGAUUUUGUUGACCCAUCAGCUGCACUUAGAAAGCACUUGGAAAUCUGCUUGAGCCAUGCAAGUGUUGAGCCUCAUUUUUAUUGAGUCAAGAGGUUACUAAUGCAGGUUCUAGCUGAGGACACGGCCUUCUUGUUAUGAUGCCUUCACGUACGAAUCUAGCUGCUGGGAUCCCCAGUAGCAAAGUGAAGUAUUCCAAGCUCUCCAGCACUGAUGAAGGUUACAUUGACCUGCAGUUCAAGAAGAGCCCGCCAAAAAUCCCUUACAAGGCAAUUGCACUUGCCACAGUGCUGUUCAUGAUUGGGACACUUCUCAUUGUCAUAGGAGCCCUCCUGCUUGCAGGAUACAUUAGCAAAGGAGGCACUGACCGAGCCAUCCCUGUGUUGAUCAUUGGGAUCCUGGUGUUUCUACCAGGCUUUUAUCACUUGCGCAUUGCUUACUAUGCUUCCAAAGGCUACCGGGGCUACUCUUAUGAUGACAUCCCAGAUUUUGAUGACUAAUGCGCACCAUGGAGAAAAGGAGUCUGGAUCGCGUUGUCCCCAUUUCUGUGAUAAGUGCUGUUAGUCACCACCCUGAACCUGGAUAUUUAAGGCAAAACAUGUAAGAACUUAAACAAAGUAGAUGUAUCCUAGGAUGCAGUUUCCUGGCCCUGUAAAUGUUUUAUUAAAUAACUGCCAGAUUUUUUUUUUUUCUCGAGUUACAGGGAGAUUGACAGCUACAUUAGGUAAAGCAGAAAAUAAGAUUCCUUGUUCCUGUCGAGAAAUUCUAGGGCAGGGCACAUAUAGCAAUUUCCCAUAAAACAGAUGAGACACACAGUUUGAGGGUGGUUAAAAAAAAAAAAAAUUGUGACUUAAUCUAAAUGUAUCACUAUUUCCAGCAGAGUGUAUUUUAUCUUUCAAAUAGAGCAAAAUUAUAGCAGGGACUUUUUAUCAUAAACAAUAUUUAUAGAUCCAGUUUCUUGUUGCUGUAAACUCAGGAAAACAAUUCCAACAUAUCCCCUGGUUUGCAUCUGGAAUAUUGACCUAUCUGCUAGCCUUAAGCAAAUAAGGAAAAAAAUGGGUCCAUGUGUUGUGAUUUCUGUGGAGUGUAUUUUCUGCACCACAGCUGUCAGUUUGAGAGCCACUUACCUAGCUUCAACAUUCCUCCCAAGAAAGCUGUUUCCCCUCAUACCAAUAGUUUUGACCAAUUAUACUUGUUGUCUAAUAUAUAAUAAGAUAUAUUAUUUGGCUCGUUAACCAUUUUAAAGAUCCUCUAUGGCAGGAGAGGAUGAAAAAUUACCGUUUAGGUCCCAAAUUCCCUGUCUCCUAACAUGGUUCUGAAUGCUGGUGACCAUUAGGGAAGUUGAGCUCCCAGUUUUUUGUAUUAUGUAUUAUGGAUCUAUCUGUUUAUGAGUACUUGGGGGCAUUUUAUCUUAGCAGUAGAAGCUGGUGUAUGUGGUACCCUAGCCAGGUGCAAAGCAAUUCUGUAUCUGACAAGUUCAGUGUGCAUCGCUUUGUUAGGGUAUUCUGGGAAGUCAGACAAGUAGCUUCCAGUUUGCUGAUGUAUAACAUCUAGUUAGUGUCUGGAGUGUCAAGUACCUCAGACUGUUUGUGAGGAGCAAAUAUGCAAUGAGAAAUUGUUCUGUUAAACUCAAGCAUCUGCAUUUAAUAGAAAUAAAGCUGACUAUAUAGUA